CGGCAUUGGUGCCAUAUCACAGGCAUCGUCGGUUCUUAUCUCUUUUGCAAUCUAGGGUUUACGCCCCUACGCUCUCAUUCUCAGAUUCGUUCCAUCCUUCUAAUGGCGGACGAAUUUCACUACGCGGGGGAGUCGCAGAAGCGUAAGUAUGAGGAUUCUCCGUCUCCAGUGGUCCGCAGAGGGACGGGUUUCUCGCAGCCGCCUGACUCCGCAGCUGCCGCGUACAACAGCGUUCCGCCUCCGAUGAGCGAGAUCGAGCAGGCCAAGCAGAAGGCGCAGGAGAUCGCGGCGAGGCUUCUGAAUAGCGUCGAUCCAUCGAAAAGGGCCAGAGUUGAGAACGGAGCCGGUGGUGGUGUUGGGGGAUUCGAUUCGCCUGAUUAUGGCGGUCAAAAACCUUUUAGUUUGGAACAGAGUGGCCCACCAUCAGUUGCUUCAGCUGGUUAUGGAGGGAGCAAGAAGAUAGAGAUACCAAAUAACAGGGUAGGAGUUAUUAUUGGCAAAGGCGGGGAGACCAUCAAAUAUCUUCAGCAUCAGUCAGGUGCUAAAAUUCAGGUUACUAGAGACAUUGACUCUGAUCCUAACUGUACUACAAGAGGUGUUGAACUCACGGGUACACCUGAUCAAAUAGCCAAGGCCGAACAGUUGAUUGAUGAUGUUCUUUCUGAGGCUGAGGCUGGUAAUUCCGGUAUCGCCUCUCAGAGAUCAACUGGGCAGCCAUCAGGAGCUGAUCAGUUUGUGAUGAAGGUUCCAAACAAUAAGGUGGGCCUUGUUAUUGGUAAGGGAGGUGAAACCAUCAAAAACAUGCAAGCAAGGACUGGAGCUCGCAUUCAGGUUAUUCCUCUGCACUUGCCACCUGGUGAUACAUCAAAAGAAAGGACUGUUCAAAUUGAUGGAACCAGUGAGCAGAUUGAAGCUGCUAAACAAUUAGUUGAAGAAGUUAUCAGCCAGAAUCGGAUGAGAAAUCCUUCUUCAAUGACCGGAGGAUAUAAUCAGCAAGGGUACCAAGCACGACCCCCAACUAAUUGGGGGCAGCCACCUCCUAUGCAGCAACCUGGUUAUGGUUAUACCCAGUCUGGUCCUUACCCUGGUCCGCCACCCCAAUACAACAUGAACCAACCCCCUUACUCUGGCUAUCCUACUCAACCCACCUCCGGUGGUUAUCCUACGAACUGGGACCAAUCACAAAAUCAGCAGGGUGCCCAGGGAGGUGGCUACGACUACUACAACCAGCAGCAGCAGCAGCAAAUGCAACCGCAACAACAUGGGGGCUCUGGUGCUCCAUCAGAUGGUUCUGGAUAUGGUUAUGGUCAGCAGCCACCAUCCUACAGUCAAGGCUACGGCCAAGAUGGAUAUGGGGGAUAUAACACUGCUCAAUCUGGAUAUGGCCAACCACAAUCAAACCCUGCUUCCGGAUACGACCAACAGUCCCAAGGAUACAACUCUACCUAUGGUAAUGUGUCCAACCCUCCAGCUGAUGGCAACACUGCUAACUAUGGAUCACAGGGCGAACCCACUCAACCACCUGCAUCCGGACAGUCAUACAAUUCAGCUGGUCAACCUGCUCCCAACCCCAGUUACCCACCCCAACCAGGUUAUGGAGUUCCUCCAUCUUCCCAGGGUAGCUAUGGAACCGCCCCUGCUGCUCAAGGCAGUGGUUAUAUGACAUCGCAGCCGGGAUAUGGGGGGCAGCCUUAUGGAGCAGCGCCAGCAACUCAAGCUGGUUAUGGCCAACAACAGCAGUAUAACAGUUAUUAUGGCGGUGGAUAUUCCCAGCCCCAGGCUUACCCUGCUGAUGGCUCUGCUGGUGGUAGUACCCAAACUCAACCUGCCCAACCCGGUGGCAGUGCCGCUGCCGCCGAAGCAUCACCGCCCAGCUAGUCAGCAUGACUGGUAAAUGAUAUACUGUUGUUGCUGUUCAGACAAUGAUCAGUUCUUUUUUUUUUUUUUUUUAUGCCUUAUCAAAUAUCUGGAGUCUAAACUUAGUGACUGUGGAUGUGGUGGUUUUUAACAUUUUGCUUUGGGGAUUCUUGUGUCAUUUUUUGUUUGCUUUUAAUCGUGACAAUUGCAGACAGGGUUUGCUUGACUUAGAAGGUUUUACAUUCA